UUGGUCAACAAGUAUUUUUUUUUAUUGUUGACCAAUCACUGCGCACUUCAUUUGGCCGUAGUACACACUUGUUCCCACUCAGCGGGACGCUGAAGGAGGAAGACCCGACGGGAACCAUGGGGGUUCUGUCCACACUCAUGAGGGGUCUGGUUCGAGGUGCGGACAGGAUGUCUGAGUUCACCAGUAAGCGCGGCCCCAGGACCCUCAACAGAGGCCGCAGCUGCCGCCCCGCAGGGGUGAAGCUCCCCAGCAGGAAGUUCCUGUCGGUUCGGGCCAUGAUUCCUGAGUUCGUGGUUCCUCAUCUGGAGGGAUUCAAGCUGAAACCCUACGUCUCGUACCGGUCACCAGCCGGUACGGAACCUCCGCUGACAGCAGAGAGUUUAUUCGAACAGGUCGUAGCCCCCCAGAUCACCAGAGACUUUAGGAAGGGCACAUUCAACAAGGACCAGCUGGAGAAAUAUGGAUUUGAACCCACACAGGAAGGGAAGCUGUUGAAGCUGUAUCCUAAGAACUAUGUGCGUUAAGUGGACGGGAGACCAUCACUUCAUGUUCCUCAUCACAGAGGGGACUGCAAACUUGUCAUUUCUUAAGUGUUCAAUCUGGAAAUAAAAUUUGAGUCGCUCUACACAUGA